UUGCACAUUUUGCUACAGCGCUUGCGCAGACUUCAUGGCAUGCGGUCUAGUAUUUAUUUCAGCGUCUUGUGCUACAUACAGUCAUGCUGCCGAUGUGACACAUAAUUGAAAGAAAAGCACUUUAUAUUCGUUCACAUUAAAACGUGUAGUUUAGCUCUUGUGUGAAAUGGCGAACGAUGGUGCCGCGAAACUGUCUAAAAAUCUCCUGCGAAUGAAGUUCAUGCAGAGAGGGUUAGAUGCAGACGCGAGGAAACAGCUGGACGAGGAGGAGAAGAGAAUCAUCAGUGAUGAUCACUGGUUCCUGGACCUGCCUGAGCUCAAGACCAAAGAAAACCACAUCAUUGAGGAGAGAAGUUACGUUCCCUGUGAGGAUUUGGUUUAUGGCAGAAUGUCAUUCAGAGGCUUCAAUCCUGACGUUGAGAAAUUAAUGUUACUAAUGAACACACACAAAGAGGAGGAGGAGGAUGAAGAUGAGGACAACACUGUGAGCAGAAUGGAAACUGAUAUUACAGAUGAAGAGAUGGCUAGAAGAUAUGAAAGCUUGGUUGGGAGCAUGAGAAAAAAGUUUGCCACGAAACGAGAUCGCGCCGCCAUUGCUAAGAAAGAAGAGGACAUUAACUGCAAUGUUGUUGAAAAUCAACCCAAAAGGGCUUUCAUGAAGCCUCAGGACUGAGAAAUUUUGUAAAAGAAAUGUUUUAAUUCAAUGGACGUUUUUUUUUUUUUUUAAGAUUUUUUUUUUUUUUAAAUCUGUCAAGUGACAACAAAUGCAUUGUUAAAAGAUCAUAUUUUUUAUGGAAAAGGUACUAGUGUAUGGAUUUGUAGAACAUCCUAAGACAUGAUAUAUAAUAUUUUUUCACAAUUAAAUGUACCAUCCUAAAAACUGUAAAAACCUGA